CUCUCCCUCUCUUCCCCCAACUCUUCAAUCCGUUUACUUGCUCCAACAACUUCAUUAAAUCAAGUUUUUGGAGGCUCUCAAAAUGGAUCGGUUUCGCACGCCGUGUAGACAGUCGAGAAAAGGCAGCUCAAAUGUGGAAAGAGAAGUCUGCAGGCAGUUCAUCAAUGGAUCUUGUCGCUAUGGUCCGAGUUGUUACUAUCUGCAUGAGUUUCCUGCAGUACCUUCGUUUCAGGUUCAGUGUAGGUACUUCCAGAAAGGUGGCUGCUGGUUUGGUGACCGUUGCAGGUAUCUCCACGUUCCUCAAGCGGGUGAAGGUUCUUCAGGGAGCAGCAGACGCGGUUCAGCACCUGCGGGGUUCUUCUCUGUGCUGGCGGGCCGUUCUCUGGCUGACCGCCGAGGAUCUGAGCCCUCUCUUCUCCCACCUCAAGGAGCCCGCAGCAUGAAUCGGAGAGGUUCAGAGCCACUGGUCACAGGUAUGAGCGUGCUGCAGCAGAACUUUGAAUGCUUGACUACAGGCAUUGCAGAGGAGGAAGAGUUCGGUGUUGUGGAAGAUGGACCUCCCCAGCAAGGUGCAAUGAGACCACUGCAACAAAUCAGUGCUACAGACUCCAGUUCUUCGCAUAACUACAGCUCAUCAGCCUUUGUGCCUGCUGAAGUCCAAUAUGUAACCGUAUCUGAAGCUGAAACGCAGGUGACAGGUUCACCCGAGAGACCAAAUCAGAGCGGUGCUGCAGUAUUGACGGAGCAACAGCAUUCAAGGGCUUUAGACCAAAGCAAAGAUGUGGCCUGUGGCAUCUGCAUGGACAAGAUUUCUGAGAAAUCCACCACUCCAGAACGGCGUUAUGGCAUCCUACCAAACUGCAAUCAUGCUUUCUGCAUCAGCUGCAUUGUUACCUGGCGAAAAACAAAGGACUUCCAGGAGGAUGUCAUCAAGGGCUGUCCACAGUGCAGAGUGAAAUCCUCCUUUUACAUUCCCAGCAAGCACUGGGUCUGUGAUGGGGAGGAAAAGGCAUCAUUGAUAGCCGCUUUCAAAGAAAGAAGCAGUAAGUUGAAGUGCACUUUCUUCAUGCGCCACGGAUGCUGCCCCUUUAAAUCGGAGUGUAUCUACAGCCAUGACAUGCCCCCUAAUCAUACACACCGUCGCAGGCGCUCGGCAUCCAGGGACACAGCUGAGAUGUUGGAGGAUUUGGGCAUGGAGUGUAUCUACAGCCAUGACAUGCCCCCUAAUCAUACACACCGUCGCAGGCGCUCGGCAUCCAGGGACACAGCUGAGAUGUUGGAGGAUUUGGGCAUUGAUGGCAUCCAACUUUGGAGCUAUAUCUUUGCCCUAACUCUGCUGGAUGAAGAUGACGAAGACCUUCUGGAUUUUCUUGAUGACUAAGGACCUUCUAGAGUCAUGUAUAUGUUGGCUCAGCUUUGAGUGAACUUUGCUUAUCUUCUGCACUGAAAUCUAAUGGUCUCUUUGGGGUUGGCUUCACUUUAGCAAGUCCUAAAUGUUUGGCUAAUUGUUUAGCCGUGUAGAUUUACUUUUUUUGUUGUUGUGUGUGUGUGUGUGUGUGUGAGUGAAAGUCUUUUGCCUUUAGUUUAAGGGAGUGUGUGUGGGGGGGGUUUGAAUGCUGAAAUCGCAAACUGGGUGUCUCUUCAGGUUUAGUUGGGGAGAAACUUAGGCAAAAAAAGUUAAUGUUAACAAUGCAUGAUCACUUAUUUCAGCUUGCUUUUCACUUGUUGAUCGUUUAGUACUUCCAUCUGUGCUGAUUCCUGAUUGUUGCACCCUUUUGUCUGAUACCUUUAUAUGAAAUCAGAUUUUAAUUUUGUAUACUGUGUAGUAGUUAAUAUUAUUGCCAGUAUUUGCAGAACACUAAAUGUGCAACCUGUCAGCAGGCUUUUGAUUAUAUUGUUCUCUUCAGCAGUGUUAACAGGUUAUACCAGGACUUGAUGUCACAUUUUAUUACUUUUAGUACGUGUUUAUAUUCUAAGAAAAGUGAAAAUAAAAAAUGUUCCACUGUUUGCCUUACCUG